AUGGCAUCUAAAAUAGAGCUACAUGUAAGUGAAGAAGAGGUUGCUGCUAAAAUAAAGCUGAAGAGUAAUGACGACGAGGUGUUCGACGUCGAAGUAUCCGCCGCGCAAAUGUCUGAAGUACUCAGGAGCAUGAUAGACUGCUGUGGCGGGGACGAUGAUGACGAUGAGCCCGUGCCUUUGCCCGUUGUAGAUGGCGCGACUUUGAGAAAGGUCAUGGCUUGGUGCACGCAGCACAAGAACGACCCACCAGUGGAAGAGGAUGAUCCCCUAGAUGCGCAAGAAAAAACAACAGACAACAUUGAUAGCUGGGACAUGGAGUUUUUGAAAGUAGACCAUCGAACACUCUUUGCGCUCCUAAGCGCUGCAAAUUACUUGUCAAUCAAGCUGCCGGCUGAAGGCUGCGGUCGUCAUGGCUAG